CCUCCCUCCGUUCCAAGUACCUCCAAGCCGCUCAGGACUAACCUCAACAGAAAGGAUACUCUCCACCAUGAAGUUCAGCUUUGCCGUCUCUGCUCUCCUCCUCGCCGUUGUUGCCUCGGCUCAACUGCCUCCGCCCGUAUUCACCAACUGUGCUACCCGCCCAACUGUAUUGAACGUCACCAGCGUUACUUUCAACCCUAUCCCUCCUUGCAUUGGUAAAGAGGCCUGUAUCACCUUGACUGGAGCUCUCUCGCACCCAAUCACUUCUGGUGCUAAGCUUAACAUCAUAGGCAAGUAUCUCAACCGCAUUAUCUACAGCGAUGCCCACGACCUCUGCACUCUCUUGGCCAACUCCGGGACCCCUUGUCCCAUUCCUACCAGUGUUACCCAAGUCAAGGUCUGCUUCCCGAUCAAGAGCACCGUACCCUACGGCAUCCCUUACAUCUUUCAGUUCUCCGCCACCAAUGGCGACGGACCCGUCGUCUUCUGUCAGACUUCCACAUUCACGUUCCAGCAUUGUUAAAUCCAAGGCUGCAGGAUCUCUGUUUUAUUUUUUAUCUUCUUACCCUCGUAUACACCA